CACCCAAAGUAACAACACAACAAUAUUAAUCUUAUUUUUAAGUUUUAUUUAGGUUUUUAAAAUGCCUGAAUCCGGUGUAACAGUGUUUGAAAAGGACAAUUUUAAUGCGGAGAAAUAUGUCAAGGAACUCGUUCAAGAUUGCGUGGGUGGACCGGAACUGCAGCAAACCAAAGCGAAAAUUCAAAGCCACAGCGAUACGGUUUCAUCGACGUUGAAAAAACAUGUUUACGAAAACUAUAUGCAAUUUAUUGAGACGGCUAAGGAAAUUUCACACUUGGAGUCAGAAAUGUACCAACUUUCGCAUAUCCUGAUAGAGCAACGUAAUUUGUUAUCCACGCUAAAGGACGAAUGUAUGCUGGACGAUCAGAAGUAUAUCAUUGAAGAUCAGAGCAUCGAUCCAAACGUGAACGAGGAACAGCAAAAUAAAAAAGCAAUUCAGCUGAUCAAGGAAUCACUUAUUGGCUAUAAGGGCAAUCUGGACGACAAAGUAUUCAUCUAUGAAGGCGGUCUAAUUGAACUGGACCCGAACGAUUAUAGACCCAUUUGCCGUAUUCAUUUGUUUCUUUUCAAUGAGAUUCUGGUUUUAGCCAAAAUUAAACAUGACAAAAAAUUAGAAUUCCUAACAGAGUAUGACACGAAAAAGAUUGCCGUCAUAAACAUCAAAGAUUUGGAUGGGGUCAACAAAAAUGCAAUCAACGUGAUCACAAGCGAUGGGGCACGAAUUUUCCAGUGCGUCAAUUCGGCUACCAAACUGGAAUGGAUCGAUAAGUUCGAGGUGGCAAUAAAAUUUCACCAGAUAAAGACGCACAAAAAAGGACCAGCUCCGCAGCCACCGACGAGCUUGAAAUUUGCUGCACCUCAGCAACAGCAGCAACAACAAAAAUCGAUCGACAGUGAGCUGCUAAGCCCAACGGCUUCGGAAAAGAUUGCGAUUACCGAAAAUCUUGCGCCGGACUGGCUUGCUUCCGCCCCCGAAGAAAUUCAGGCGGAAAUAGCUCAGCGACAUUUCGAGGACAGUUUGGCACUGGUGCAAAAAUGUGAAGAGUAUUUGGCGAAGGACAGCACCUUCCGUGGGGCAGCAGAAAUCGGGGAGAAAAUUAAAACACUGAAGAACACUCUUUCUACGGUGCUGAUGCAAGAGCUGUCCAAUUCGCAAAGCCGCAGCUUACAGGCAGCGCUGAGAUCCAGUCGACGACCGCUGAAACUGCUGGUGGAAAUGGAAAAGGCACGGGAAGCAUGCGGUAUACUUCUGCGGGUUUGCAGCACCGCCAUUCGAACUUCCCAGCGACAAGCUAGGAGAAAUAAUUUGGCCAUCUCGGAAUUGUUUUUCUGUGAUGUGGCACAAGUGGCAAGCGAAUUUCUACGGGCUUUUAGCAGCAAAGCUUCAUGCACCAGUGCCCUGAUCGUGUGGUGCAAUAUGGAACUGCAGUAUUUUGCUUCGCAAUUGAUCAAACAUUACCUAACGAAAGAUACUCAACUGGAAGUGGUGGCGAAGGUGGUGGAAGGCGUUCGAAAGCCAUGCUCCAAAUUGACAGAUAUAGGACUGGAUCUGUCCUAUCACAUGGAAGGAUUAUUGCGAAACACCCUUGAGCAGUUACUGCAAGAAGCUAAAUAUCGACUUGUGGAAUCCAUCGGUCGUACUGAGGAUGUUUGGCAACCGUACAAUUUGCAAACCAAGACGAAUUUGCGAAAUACUUUGAAGGAGUUCGAUGCCUUAGGUUUGGAUAUGAAACCUCUGGUAACCGGGGAUACGUGGAUCAACUUAACACAGACAACGGUCAACUUCUGUCGGCAUUUUCUUACUACUACCGAGAGUUGUGCCUAUUUGGCAAAGUACGAUUCACUGAAAGGCGAUGCCGAAGUCCUGCUCAAGGAGCUGUUCUUAGCACAACAUGGAACCAAGCCACAUGGAAUGACUGGAAUCGAUCUCAACUUCGUUUGCAAGAACAAAACUUAUAUGUGUGAAGUGCUGCUUCCGAUUGCGAUUGCGCACUUUACGAAAAUCUCCACAAAGCGGCCUGAUCUGCUGACCGAACUACAGUUACAGUUGCGUGGACCUCCGAAACCAAAGCCACGCAGUGUUUAUAAAACAGAUGUCCUCUAAGCAGGUAUAGUACAUCGCAAACAGUAUGUUAUUUAUUCCACUUAGCAGUUAAAGUUUAAGCUAUUAUACAGAAAACUACGC